AUGGCUGAGGACUUUGUGGGAUACACCGUGCUCGUUACCCUCAAAUCACCACCAAAUUCCCAAAUUCAAGGAGUGGUCGCUGAUGUUGUUGGGCAGCGACUAACACUUAAAGAUGUCACACUUCUAUGGAAUGGUCAGCGCCUUCCACUGUACCAUAUCGAUGCGCCUGGUAUUGCCGACCUAGAGCUGUCUUCUCAUCAAAUACCACACCAUCCUGUCACAAACAACUAUGGAUCAGGCUCGCCUAGAACCUUUUUGAAUGGUGGCCCGUUCCUCUCUCAACACCUCUCAUCGCAACCCGCGCAGGUCAGGCCCGAAAACAUCGCGGAGGCUUUGUCGUCGGAAAGUCAGCGUCCGAGAUUUGUUGACCCAGCCAUCCUAAGUUUCCAAAAGCCCUCGAAGCCACAACCUCUGUCUACCACGAACAUGCCUCUGCCUGUCAGCAAACGAGGUACUUCUCCAGUUAUGAUAGCCGAUUCGGAAUCUAUUGGCCGUUCUGGUCCGAAAUCUACAGCUCCCCUAACAGGAAAAUCAGUCGGGCCAAAGAAGACAAAUACAAAUGACACGGCUGCAACACUUAGUGAACCGUUUAAUAACUUGGGUUUUAACGCUGGCGAGGACUCGAAGGAGGCUCAGGCUGGUCCUGUCCAGAAACAGGAGGACUUGGAUAUCCCAGAAGGUCGAAGGGGUGCAGGUCCUCUCGAAGCCCCGCUCAAGUACACAGGCAAACGAAGUCGAAGAGGUGGGAGGAACAAAUUGAAUAAAGAUACUGCUGUUCAAUCGUCCAGUAUUGGCCCUGUACUUGAGGAUCCUAGCGCGACGUUAAGCUCAACGCGAACGAAUAUUGCGGGGAAGGGUUGGCGCAUGACUGCGUUUGUCGAACCAGGUCACCCGUCAUCACCACCAAAACCUGGGCGUACUAGACGCUCAAAAGCUAGGAGCAGGAGAUCACAUGCAGAUGAGGCGAGCGGAUGGGCCACGGAAGACGCCACCGAUAUCCAGGAGAUGGGAGAUUUUGAUUUCGCAACCAACUUGUCCAAAUUCGACAAACGCCGUAUUUUCGAUCAAAUUCGUAACGAUGACACCACGACCGGAGAAGAACGAUUGAUCAGUUUCAAUAGAAGGGUUCACAAACCAGGGACUAACGAAGGGAAAAAUUUACACUACACAGAAAAUGUACUCGAUGACGACACAUCACAUGGAAAAUGGAAUAGUGAAGCAGGGGAAACGGAGGAGGAUGAACUCAGUGGAGAGUGCUUCAGUAGUGAAAAAAACUCUGCAAGGGCUCGAUCAGGAGUGUCUGCGCGUGCUCAGUCUCGAAAGCGCAGCACAAUCCUCGGCUCGACCCUUGUAUCUUCUCAAAUCAGUUCCUUAUCCCGUGGCCAAAUGACGUCGUCUCGUACUGAAAGCCCGCAACCUCAUAGGAGCUCGCCACGUGUAGGAUCUACUUCACCCGCAGCUGGUUAUCUGAUGCUGAUACCAACAAACCGAGAAUGUCCAUGUGUCGCCCCACUUCAAAUGAUCGAGAUAGAGCAGCUUGCAAUCUCAGAGCUAGGAUUGGGAGAAGACGUAAUCGCGGAGAACGCUGGGCGCGGUAUCGCCGAAGCUGCCGUUUCUCAAAUACCCAAACUUGCAACUUCUUCAACUAUAUUAGUUUUGGCUGGAAACCAUCGAACUGGUAGCCGGGCUGUUUGUGCCGCUCGACAUUUUCGUAAUCGGGGAUAUCGAGUAACUCUAUGCAUUCUCGGUUCGGAUCGCGAAAAUGAACUCAUUGAAGGGGUACGAAAACAGGUCGAUAUCUUUGAAAAGAUAUCGGGAAAAGUUCUGAGAUGGGAGGAAAUGUCAACAAGAUUGUCGGCUGGUGAUUAUGUGCCCGAUCUUGUGAUCGAUGCGCUGUUUGGUGUUCACAUUGCCUUUGAUGACCUACGCACAGACGAGCAAGCGAUUGCAUUUGAGAUGAUCUCUUGGGCUAACCGCAGCAAUGUUGAAAUUCUGUCUGUCGAUGUUCCUUCAGGCCUCUCAGCUCUGUCAGGUGAACCAACCAUUGUCCAAGGUUCGCGACUAAAUGUCAAUCCGAAAUUCAUCGUCUGUCUCGCAGCACCAAAAACUGGACUUUUGCAAGCACUUGGAUCUGGCGAAGGCCUAGCAUGGAACAUCACAGUUGCAGAUAUCGGUAUCAGCCAGGUUCCGUGGAGAAAACACGGUAGUCGUCGGCGCCAUGGUGUUGGUUUUGGCAAUCAGUGGGUUGUACCUUUACGGUUCGAAUUGCCAACGCCGUGA